GGAUUAAAACGAGGGUACGGGGACGACUAUCCACGGGCACACUCCACCCCGUCGUUAUAGCCUUUGGUUCGUUAAACGUCCGUCUAUGCGGCGCUGUCGCCGUCAGGACGUCAGUUUUCCUUUGCACCGCGGUCUGAACAGUUCGUGCGCGCACGUUGUCUCAAAAGCUACUCCACUAGACUAUCUCCGCUUUCGAUUCUAAAUUUAUAUCAUCGUCUCUGGUCUAUAUGUAUGUCUAUGAGACUGUAAAUGUGAAUGCAUAUCACAUAAGUGGGUGUACAUCAGGUACAAACAUACAUUUUUAAUCAAGUGUGUCUGACUAGGCUGUACACCCCUCGUUAUGUUACAGAAAACAGACACUGUGUAGACUUGAAUUUAACAUCUGACAUCUCACGUUGGUGUCUAAGUCUGAUUUUAGUUUGUUGGAUUUCAGAAUAGUGGAAGAGCAGUUGCGCUAGGAGACAAGUAGUAACGAACGGGAAUAGAGAAACCGCGUGUAGUGUGACAAUCUCCUCUGCUAUACUGUCACUUUACUUAGUUUGUUGUUUCUUGCUCCAUCGCCUAUUUGUAUCGCCCGAUUGCGGGGUCAAAUUCCACCAAGAGAACGUUGCAAUACAGUCACUAAAGACAUUGUCACUCUCGGUGACACCGAUAAUGAAUACCAACUAUUACUGUGGUUAAUUUUCCGAAAUUUAUUUUUUUAAGUGUGCUUUUUUAUUACUGUGAGUGAUUCUAGUUGACUAAAAAUUUUUACUGUGAAUUUUGGUGUUUUAAUAAUUAUAGCUUUGUUGCGGUAAAACAAUAAAUAUUUUUCUCAACAAUAGUCGCAGCACAAGAAGACUGGAAUAUUUAGCAUCGACGGUACUAUAAUUUCUACUGGAGUGUUGUGUUUGACAGUGUAAACAAUAGAGCAAGUAAUUAAAUUCAACCAGUCUAUCACUCGAUCCAGUGUGUAUUUAUAUGUAAAUAGCUACUGUUGACAAAGCUACAGCGAGUUGAAUAAUAGGAGAAAUUUUUUGCAAGCUCUAUUCUAAAUUUCUAGUGCCAAUGGAUGUAAUUAAAAUUAUUAGUUUGUGAAAUACUAAAACAUAUUCUGGUCAAAGCCAGUGUAAUUAUCGAUUUGGUGUUAAAAUAUUAACUCGGUUUCACGCGAGUGUCCUAACGAUGUGGCAAAAAAUUUUAGCAAACAUGUACCACUUACGUCUCCUCGAAAAAUGAUUAAUUGUCAAGUUGCGUGGGUAAAGUGAUUACUGUCGUAUUUGCGCCAAAGCAAUCGCUGUUGAAAAAAAAAUUUAGAUACAUAAAAAAGUUGGGACACAAGUUCGAUUAGUUUCGAUAGUUAACAGUUAAAAUUUUCCAGUUGGUGUGUAUUAUGUGAGGCAAACAGAAAAUAAACACAGGCAUUGAAGAUGUGUGUCAUCGUAAGUGGAGCGUGGGUGCUAAGCAUCUUUGCUUUGGCUGUCAUCAGCAAUGGUAUCUUGAGCUACGGUGCACAACACAACAGUAAAAACUCGGAUCCUUUUCACCAUCACAAUGUUGUGGAAGAUCCAUCAUCAAGAUCUGGGCCGUACUUUGACAUAUCCGCGUCUAAAAAUGUGACAGCCCUCCUGGGAAAAACGACGUACCUCAAUUGUCGGGUGAAAAAUCUUGGCAAUAAGACUCAGGUGGCAUUGCAAGUGUCGUGGGUGCGACAUAGAGACAUUCAUCUCCUGACAAUUGGACGUUACACAUACACGAGUGACCAGCGGUUUCGUGCUAUUCACAACGUACACUCGGACGACUGGACACUCCAAAUAAAGUUCCCUCAAUUGCGGGACAGCGGAAUAUACGAGUGUCAGGUUUCGACGACCCCUCAUAUGAGUCAUUUCGUUCACCUCAAUGUUGUCGAACCGACGACCGAAAUUUUAGGUGGACCGGAUCUCUACAUAGAUCAUGGAAGUACUAUCAACCUCACAUGCAUCGUACUGAAUAGCCCGGAGCCGCCAGCAUACAUAUUUUGGAAUCACAAUGAUGCUAUAAUAAGCUACGACUCGAGCAGAGGUGGCGUUUCAGUAGUAACGGAGAAGGGUGACAGUACGACAAGUUUUUUGCUGGUUCAACAUGCCAAGCCCUCUGACUCGGGACAAUACACUUGCAAUCCAAGCAACGCUCAACCCAAGUCGAUUACCGUUCACGUCCUCAAUGAGUAUCCUGCGGCAAUGCAGCAUGGUGGUCAAGCGAAACAACCACGAUUUUACUCGCUCCUCCUAUGCCUCUGUCUACUGCUCUAUUAAAAUUAUUAAACUUUUGUGUUCCGGUAAAUCUUAUAAAACCAGUGCAAUACUGACAUGCAUUAGACCUUUGUUUAAAGGUCACUGUAUAAAUUAUAUAUUAUAAUUAUUAUUAUUGUGACUAUUAAUUUAUAUAUGGAUAUAGUUAUAAAUUAUAAAUAUAUAUAUAAAUAUAUCGUACAUUUAGUUACGUAAGGAUGUACUAUACGAUAAUACAAUCGAAAGAGAUGCAAAUGUUCGAGAGAUAAAAUAAUUACUAUGAUAAUAAUGAGACUAGUUAUCAUUUAAUAUAAAGGAUCUAUUAUUACUCAGAGGAAUUUCAACAUGCAUUCGUUCCGUGCAGAACUGACCUCAGCGCCCUCGUUAAAAAUUUUUCUAAGUUUUGUAGAAGUUUUUUUUAAUAUUGUCAUAAUCUAAGGCGUACAAAAUAUUUUUUUUAA